UGUUGUCCUUUCUACACGGAGUACGAAUUGCAUAAUUCACACGUACAUAUGCAAUGAUUGAAAUUGUUGACUAAAUCUUCUGUGGUUGGCACUGGAGCGGAACAUUGGUCACACGUACUUGGCCACAGACGAAAACAAAACUUGUUCUAUGCUGGAAUGCAGCAUUAGGGUGUAUAUUCUUCAUAAUAUAUCAUAUUGUUUGGGAGAAAUUUAACAGAAAAGUGAAGUUCUUUCUAUUAGGGAAACGUGUUGAGGAUUUCCCUAGUGAAGGGGUGGUAGCCAGAAACAUUUUAUGAUGAUGAAUUUAAAAUUCUCCCUAUAUUUAGAAAUCUAAACUUAGUGAUUUGGUGAAAUUCUAUUGACGGCUGUUGCAGUCUAUAUUUGCAUCAUGGUAAAAAAGAGGUGUCUAUAUUAAGCAAUAGAACAAGUGUAAGUGCAUGAAUUAUUAAAGAUGGCAAAUAAUAGCACAGAUGAUACAACUGUGGUUCUUGUGCCCAGUCAUAUUACAACUGUUAAUCCCAAUAAGUACCGAUACCAGACGGAUGUACUGGAGGAUCCAGUGAUUCUUUCCGUCCUGGGCGGUAUGGCAGCGAUUGUGAUAGUAAUCUUCCUCAGGGUGCUUAUCAAUAAACUCUCGGGUGAAAGGUCAGAAAUGGAGGGCACAAGAAUUGAAAGACUUCAUCGAACUAUAUCCUCCAUUUCCUGCUUUGGAUACGAUGACCCACCACCACCAUAUCCUGGGAAAUAUUCAAAGACAAAUGUAAAUUAUCUCCCUUCUUAUGACUCAGCAAUGAAAAUGGAGCAAGACAGGCGAGCAGUGAAUAAUUUAUCGGAGGGAACUGGUUCGGCAGUAUUUUCCAUCUCCAGCGAAAGUUCUGCUAUGGACUCAAGUUCAGCAAACAAUAAUGAAACUCAGAACAAUAAUGACGUCACAAACAGUGCAGCCAGUGUCUCCACUGCAUUGAUAAACUGUGAGAAUCUCACAACUGACAUUGUGUUACAAACGGGUGAAGACAGAAAAACUACGAGAGAUUCUACUCUACAUCAUAACAGUGACAUUGAUUUACAUGUAUCUUUUAACACACAACAGCAGAUAUGAACAAUUAGUAAAAAGACAAAAUAAGUAUGUACAAUAUGUGUUAGAGUAAGCAUUUCAGGAAUCAAUACAUAGGCGU